CCACACCAAGUCAGUAAGUCGUCGGAAUGCAGAGAGUUCAGGUCACGCCACGGAGCUAUCCCACGGAGCUCAUUGACAAAGACUGGUCGAAGAGGAAACAUUUCCAUAUGAAUGCCGACGCACAUGAGUUUCUCGAUCUCGUCCAUGAUAUGGAAGUUAGGGAGGAUGAUGUUUGGAUCGUAACUCUUCCAAAAUGUGGAACCACUUGGAUGCAGGAAUUGCUGUGGUUACUCCUCAACAAUUGUGACUUCGAGGGAGCUUUGGCCAAAGAUCAAGAGCUACGCUCUCCGUUUUUGGGGUUUGAUUUUUUCAUCAAUAAGGAUGCUGAGCGAGCGUUAAGAUUUGUGCAGGAAUUCAAGUCUCCUCGUUUGAUCAAGUCUCAUCUGCCACUGGCUUUGUUGCCCGCAAAACUUUGGGAGGGAAAAAAUAAAGUGAUCUAUGUGUUCCGUAACCCUCUGGAUGCCUGGGUUUCUCAAUAUUAUCACAGUGUGACUAUGGGAUUUGCUUAUGGAAAGACCCUGGAAGAGAUGAUCGAAGAGCGUGUGUCUUGCGAAGAGUUUGUAACGGAGACCAUUGAACAUGCUCAGGAAUUUUAUCAACUAAGAAAUAAACCUUGGAUUUUCUACACCAGUUUCGAGAGAAUGAAGAAGGAUCUUCGAGGAGUGAUCAGUGAUGUUUCUAGGUUUUUGAAUAAACCAGUAAGCGAUGAACAAAUGGAAAGACUGCUAAAACAUUUGUCUUUUGAUGAAAUGAAAAAAAAUCCAACUACAAACCAUAGAUGGGAGCAAGCCCAAUUAAGACACAAAGAUGCUGGCAAGGAAAAGCACAAUUUUGUGCGACGUGGAGAGGUUAAUGGCUAUAAGGAUGAGCUCAAACCAGAACAAAUUGCCAAGGCCAAUGAAAAGAUACAGAAGAGUCUCAAGGAGAAUUCUAUUAGUUUGGAAGAACUCUUGCUACUUAAUGAAUCCCCUCAGGCCGUGGAGGUUUCCACCUUCUUGGCAUUGUCCUCCUUGGAGGAGGGACCAGUCUGUGUGAUUUGCACAAGGCGUUCAGUCGAGGGUGGUGGCAGCUUCUUCAUGGGCGCCGUGAUGGUCAACAGACCAUCGGAGGAGAGCGAGGAGGUCACAGUGUCGGGAUUGACAUCACCUGGGAAAAAGGAACUGACGGGAGACAUAUCCAUGCUCAUCCUGCUUCUCCUCAUGCUUUCCCUCCACAAUCACGAACUUGUCCGCCACCUUGACGGUGAUCUCAUUGGGCGAGAACUGCUGGACAUCCAGAAUAACCUCGAAUUUCUCACUAUCGAUGGUCAGAUUCGAGCCGGAUUCCUGUUUCUGCAGACUGUUCUUCUGCCAGGGACGCAGGUAGCCGGAUCUCAGGACUGUGGGGCGAGAGUUCCACACGGAGGACAUCAGAUCAUCCCGCCGGAGACCCUGGCCAAAUCCUCUUCAGUUAUGCUUCCCCUGAAGACCUCCAGACUGUUGCUUCUGUUGCUCUUCUGUCACGUGCAGGCGCAUCUCUCAAAGCGCAGCUACUCGGACCAAAGUGUCCACGGCUACAUGACCGAGCGCACCUGCUGGUGGAACGAGGUAUGCAAAGAGGAGUUCCAGAGCCUCUUCCGCUGCAAGUGCCCGCAGUUCUCCUACUGCCGCUCGCCGGGACGCUAUUAUAAUGCCUACUGCUCGAUGACGGACACCGGCUAUAUUUGGACUCAGCCGAACUGGGAUUGGGGGGCGUAGGAUGAAGUAAGCCCGGAUCCGGACCCGUACGCCCCACAGUUUGCUGUGACGUCAAAGACACUGACUGCCGACUGUAUGCAUACAUUUCCCCCAAAAUAAACCCCUUAAUAGAGAGAGCAGAGAAAGCAGAGAGAAAGUACACGGACACUAUGGUGAGGAGGUCAUCUUCACCAGCAGCUGUUAUCGAUAUUUGUGCUAAAUAAAUUUACGAGUUGGAUGUGGUAUUACUUUUUGGCAAACUGUUGGCUGGUUGACUUUGUGGAAAAUCAAUAAACGCUUUCCAAUUCACGAAUGC